AUGUCGGUAACAACGAAUAAAAAGGGUAAUCGAGUCGAGUACCACUAUUGGGACUACAGUUUCGAGUGGACCGAUAAACACAUUCCUGGGAGCGAACUUGAACCAUGGAUCCGGACAUGCGAUACGCUCGCCGAUGAAGCCAACGAGAUACUAGAUGCAUUGCCAGCACCUGCUAGUGACCCCUCAAAGCGAGACCGCUAUGCGCUGCUACGGGAUAACCAUUCGAGCGAUCCGAAGCUUGAGGUGCUCUGGACAGAAAUCAAUACGGUACCGGAAUGGGUGAACUGGGAGCAAAUCGAACGAGGCCAGGACCUCUUUUGGCGAUAUCUGAUCCCCGUGACAAAUGCUCUCACGUUCGUAAGUUUACUUGGUGGAAUGGGCGCCAUCCGCGUUGGCGAAAUCCUCUCCAGAACCGGUGGAUUCGGUGCAAAAGUCGUGCGCCGCCGCCUCCUGGAAACAGUCCAGCACACAAUCCAAGUCAAUAACUCCCCAGCGUCCAUGAAGCCCGGCGGCGAGGGUCACCUAGCCUCAGUCCGAGUCCGUCUCCUACAUUCCGCCGUCCGUCGCAGGAUCAUGAGUCUCGUCGAACAAGAUCCUAAGUAUUACGACUCUGAACGAUAUGGACUCCCUAUUAACGACCUCGACUCAUUUGCUACCAUCAACACGUUCAGCAGUACGGUCAUCUGGCUUGGUAUGCCCCGACAGGGUGUUAUUCUAACUCCCCAGGAAGAGGAAGAUUAUAUUGCACUUUGGCGACUCGUAGCCUGGUACAUGGGUGCACCAACAGAGCCAUUCGAGAGUGCAGCAAAGGCCAAGAUCACCUCCGAGUCUCUGCUCGUUAAUGAAUUCGAACCUACCGAUACGGGAAGGAUUCUUGCGCGGAACAUCGCCAUUGGACUCGAGAAUACGGCGCCAAUAUAUGCGUCGCUAGAAUAUAUGGAUGCGUUGACAAGACUGCUUAAUGGUGACCAACUCUCGGAUGAAUUGCACAUUCCUAAGACGGGCUUAUAUCAUAAGGUGCUUAUGUGGGGGUACUGUUUCUGGGUGCAGGUUCAGGCGAAAACGCUUCCCCUUGUCCCUGCCAUUGAUAGAUAUAUCAUCGAGAACCGCAAGAAAUUGUUCUGGAAACACCUCAUGGACGAGAAAGAAGGGCUCGGGAAGGAAACAGUCUUCGACUUCAAAUAUAUCCCAUCGCUGAAGGGGAAGACAAGACUCGGGGACCGGAAGAGGUAUUUAUUCAAAAAGCCCGGUGUGGAGGUCCUCUCGUAUCUGGGCCUUUUGUCGGCAUUUGCGGUAGCUGGUGGGCUCAGUACGGGGAUUUAUUUCUUGUUUACGAGGGCCUUUCCCCAGACUCAGGCUGCUUUGCCGAGUUUGUUGCAGGUUGUGAGGGAGCGGUUGGCGACUGUUCCUGUUGGGGCACUGACGGUUCCGGAGCUUGUGAAGGGGCUGCGAGGGAAGUUGCCAUUCUAA